UUCCGCGCGCUCCUUUCUCCGGCCUUGACAAAUUGGUUUUCGGGGAUGGGAAGGUCGCAGGGGCCCUUUGUGUCUCCUGACCGCUCUGGAGCGAUUUUUUAUGCGGCGGACUGGGGAAAGGCUCCAUGUGAGCUGGCCGGCCCGCUUUCCCUCCGUACACAGCUGCUGGGAGAGUCCAACUCUCUCACACUCACUCUUCAUACGCACACACGCACGCGCGCACGCACACAACUAGAGUGCUGCUGCAAACUCAGGACCGCUCCCGCUCCUCCCACCUUAAACCAGCAUCACCUCUCUGUAGCACCCUCCCUCCUUCACUCACACACUUGCAUCCUCAAAUAGAGAGGUCGUGUGUGUGUGUGUGUGUGUGUGUGUGUGGGGGGGGGGGGGGGGGUGCACCUCACCCUUCUCCAUCAUCACUAGAAAAGCCGGAGAGCAAAACGCCACAGCGUCACUUUGAGGGCGGAUAUCGGCCUCUCCUCCUCCUCCUCCUCUUCCUCUUCUUCCUCCUCAUCCGCCUCUCUCCGCGCGCUCACCUCUCUCUCUUCUCAUCGCCUCCAUCAAGUCUUCAUGGUUCUGAUCUCCCCCCGCGCCAUGCAAGCCACCCGGGCGCCCACCACCGUCAGCGUGUUCGCGGACUGCAGCAUCCCGGCCGGGCUCCGGAUCGGACCGGUACCGGGCCUCUGCAAGCUGGGGAAGUACGUGUCGGACCGGAAGGAGGCUGGACCAAAGAAAAAA